CCCCGGCCCCGCUGAACCAAUCCCAGCCGGGGACGGUGACUAUAUAAGGCGGCCGCAGCGCCUGGCGGCCCUCGGAGCGCCGCGUGGAGAGGGUCCGCGGACGCCGGCCUGGGAGCUGGAUUUACUGAAUUUUCCUUCAUGUGACCUUGGCAACCAGUAAAGACUGCUGGUGCUGGAGCCUGGGUCUGCGUUUUUAUUUCCGAGGCCGCGAUACUGCACGCGCUUCGCCACGGCGCGGAGUCUGCAGACCUUCCCGGACGUUAGAUCCUCUCCGUGCUGCGACCGCAGAGCUUUCUGAUGGCUGUGCUGCGCCGGCUGCUGCGGGUGCCACCCCUACAGGCCUGGGCGAGUGCCUCAGAGGGCUCUUUGGCCACUAGCUGCCUGGCAGACCGCUGUCUCUGGGACCGAGUACAUGCCCAGCAACGUCCAAGCAAUGUCCCCACGUUCGACUGGUUCUUCGGAUAUGAGGAAGUCCAGGGAUUCCUCCUUCCACUCCUGCAGGAGAGCAGGUUUGCCUGUCUACCUAGAGUGCUAGAUGUGGGUUGUGGGACCUCAGGACUGUGUGUGGGCCUCUACACCCAAUCUCCACAUCCGGUCGAUGUACUAGGUGUGGACUUCUCUCCUGUGGCAGUGGCACACAUGAACAGCCUGCUGGAGGGUGGCCAAGGCCAGAUGCCCCUGUCACCAGGACACCCCAAGUCCCACCUCUGCUUUAGGCAAGCCAACGCCUUGAACCUGGUACGUGUAGCUCCCUCUGGCUCCUUCCAGCUCCUGCUGGACAAAGGCACCUGGGAUGCAGUGGCCCGAGGUGGGCCACCUGGGGCUCACCAGAUGCUGUUGGAAUGCCUCAGGGUCCUGAGCCCCCAGGGAACGCUCGUGCAGUUCUCAGAUGAGGACCCAGAUGUGAGGCUGCCCUACCUGGAGCAAACGUGCCAGGGCCGAACUGUGACUGUGCAGCAGUUGGGACCUUUUGGGGGCAUCACCUAUUUUGCUUAUUUGGUUAAAGACAUUCAUUAAAGAUACCUUAGUCCUGA